GGUCCGAGAGUAACAAUUCGCGGGCAAAACAAAAAACCGUAUGCCUAUUUGUCAUAAGAAAUCCAUGUACAUAAUAUUGAUUAUUAUAUAAUUUGUUCCGGACAGUUUUCGAUUAGAGUUAACGAACACAUCAGUAUUAAGAACCCAAAAUUUUCAAAUAAAAAUUAUUAAAUUACAUAUUAAAAUUUUUUAUUUUACUAUAAAAAUCUAUGAAGAGUAAUUAAGAAUGUGGUAAUAAAUACGAAUCAUUUACGGCCUAUGCUUUUGUAAAAUAGUAAUAUUUUGUUGACAUUUUAAUUUUUCCUCCGCUUUUUAGCGAAUUUAUUGUGGCAGAAUAUACUGUUUUUAGAAGACCUCUAAAAAGCAUGGGAAAUCUGUUAUCUGAACCUAAUACUAAAAAAAAUUAUACCUCUGGUUGCGAUAAUGGCCUGUCCUAUGGUUUGUGCAGCAUGCAAGGACGUAGAAGAAGAAUGGAAGAUGCCCACUGUGCAGAAGUGAGUAUUCCUGGAGAGUGGAAGGAUUGGAGUUUCUUUGCAAUUUUUGAUGGUCAUGGUGGGAAAGAAGUUAGCACUUAUUGUGCUAAACAUCUCCUUGAUACAAUUAUGAAAACAGAACAGUUUCAAAGCAGCAAUGCUGAUAGUAGAAAUAAACUGAAAUUUACAGAAAACGUACGAGACGGUAUAAGGGAAGCUUUUUUAAAACUUGAUAGUGAGAUGGAACACCAAAGAAUUGCUGGAGAGAAUCUUUAUUGUGGCAGUACUGUUAUUAGUGUAUUUAUUUCUUCAACACAUUUUUAUAUUGCCAAUUUAGGGGAUUCUCGAGGAGUUAUUUCCUGCAACCAGGAAAUUCGAUUUAUUACUAAUGAUCAUAAGCCUGAUUCUGAGUUUGAAAAACAACGUAUUGAAAGAGCUGGUGGAUUUGUUUUACUGAAUGGUUGUCCAAGAAUCAAUGGCUGUCUUUCUGUAUCACGAGCUUUAGGUGAUUAUGCAUACAAGCAAAUGCCAUUUAAAAAUUUUCUUGAACAAUUAGUAUCUCCAGAACCAACUGUUGAUGUUUUGGAUCGCUAUGUAGAUGAUGAAUUUUUGGUCUUAGCAUGUGAUGGUAUAUGGGAUGUUUUAAAACCUAUAAAGCUCUGUAAUUAUAUUAGAUACAUGUUACAAGUCACUGAAAAUUUAGAAUGCAUAUGCAAGUCCAUCAUUGAUGCAUGCUACUAUAAGGGUAGUAGAGAUAAUAUGAGUGUCCUGGUUGUUUUAUUACCAGGUGCACCUAAAAUAUCCGAAAAGGUUAUACAACAAGAUAAAAACAUUUUUUCAAUUUUACAAAAACACAUAGAAGAUAUAAUAUGCACCUAUGGAUUUAUAAAAGUUGAGGAUCUCAUGAAAAUAUUGUCUCGUGAUGUAAAACUCCAGCAAGAACCUGCUUUGAUAGGAUCUCCAUUUGAGAAAUCUUUUUAUUUUCUGUAUAGUUCUGUAAAAAGCAUCUACGAUACUUUAAGGAGCUCAAAAAUUUUGAGUAAUUAUUACCUCAGGUUGAUGAUAAGAAGAGUGAAGUCUGUAUUUUCAUAAUUUGGUCUAUUCAAGAUGAUCAUUAGGAUAUUCAAGAUAUAUCUAAGAAAUAGGAAGCAGAAGAGAAAAACACAAAGAUGUUUCUUUGAGAUUGUAAUAUCCAUUUGCUC